AGUAUUCGUUUAGACCGCGACGCGAUUAACCACUUUUUUUUACGAACGACAGGGCCGAGCACAUUACAUUCUACCUGCCUAACCCGACUCGAAUGAGAUACGUUUUCGUCGUCCCUGCGCAAGCACAUUUUUUGACUUUUCGAUUUAAACAAAGUUUUCUUGUUCGUUGGAGAUUUGUUUUUAAUUUAUUCUGCAAUUUUGUGUGUUGAACUAAAAGCUAUGACAUUUAAAGACUUUUACUGAAUUUGGUGUUUGAAAAAGGAUAAUUGAGCGAAGAAUAAAAAAAAAUUGAAGCGCCGACGGAAAAUAGUGAGCAGCUUAAACCUUGAAGCCACGAAUGAACUCGAUACCUGAAGAAAAUUCAGUCAAAAUGUUAUGCUAAAAAUAGAGAAAAAAAAGGAAAAUAAGGUGCUAAAAACAGUGAACAAUUGAAGAAAAAAAAGAGACAAAAAUCAAAGAAACCAGAAUUAUGAGUUGAUAGUGAUAAAAGUGCUUAAACUUAGUGUUGUUCUUGAAUCGAAACGCCAGAAAAAAGGGAAUAUUUUCUAUAAAGUUUGUAUUAAAUGCUUAUUUGGUGCAUAUGUUCGGGAAACUGAAUCAGUGUGACGGUGUUUCAUUUGAACCAAGCAAAAUGUUUACGCGAUUUGACACCAAUAAAUCAACCAAAGGCGCGUCAAAGCUGCGGCGAGAUCUAAUUAACACGGAGAUAGCAAAUUUACGUGAUUUAUUACCGUUGCCACAGUCGACAAGGCAACGUCUGUCACAGCUGCAACUGAUGGCACUGGUCUGUGUCUACGUGCGAAAAGCCAAUUACUUCCAACAAGUGUUCAAACGAUAUGAGCUAACAAUGCACCAUGUGCCAACGCCAAAUAUAGGAUUUUCCAAAGCAAUGUCUGGAUUUUUAAUGAUGUUAACACAAAACGGAAAAUUACUUUAUAUCUCGGAUAAUGCAGCCGAAUAUUUAGGCCAUUCAAUGGAGGAUCUGUUGAUUCAUGGUGAUUCAGUGUAUGAUAUUAUCGACAAACAAGAUCACGGGUCAAUUCAAGCCGAACUAAGUCGCAGUGUACCGCAACAGACAAGCAGUUCAGGAUCUCAUCAUCAUCAUCAUCAUCAUCACCACAGUUCGCCGUUAAAUGCCAGCACCGCGUUGGACGGUGAACACCGAAUGUUCCUGUGUCGAAUGAAUGUUAGCCGAAAUGCACGGCGUCAAAUGCGUUUUGGCGAUCAAAAGGUGGUUUUAAUUCAAGGACAUUACCUAUCAUAUUUGCCGUUGUGCAGUCGCAACGAACCAGUAUUUCUGGCAACAUGCACACCGAUCGCAAUGCCCGAGACACGCGAAUGCAUUGUGCAGGGUGCAACCAAUGUAUUCACCACAAUUCAUUCAAUGGACAUGAAAAUUAUGCACAUGGACAAAAAUGGUGAAUUUCACAUGGGCUAUACGAGAAAUGAGCUGCAAGGCGUUUCAUGGUAUCACCUAUUGCAUUGGGACAGUAUGCGAGAAGCACAAAAUAAACAUCGACUAAUUACUCAAUCGGAACAAGAUCGAUCGUGUAUUCUGUUGGUGCAAAUGCAACGGCGUUCGGGUACAUUUGUCUGGGCGCAUGUUGUGCUGCAGGUUCGCGAUAGUCAAGAUAAUAGUCAACAGCCGGUUAUUGUCUGCACAAAUCAAGUGCUAAGUGAUAGCGAGGCGUCGGUGAUGUAUGCGAAUUCAUGGCUUUAUCAUUACUAUACGGUUCAAUCGAAAAUUCAAUUUGGAAUCCCAUACGAAGGACCGGCUCGUGUGCAGGCCAAUAACGAUACGUAUUUGCAGCAGCAACAACAAGAACAGCAGCAACUGCCCGAGCAAAAUGACUUGCACGAUCACAACAACCACUCGCACCACCACCAUCAUCAUCAUCACAGUUUCCAUCAUUAUUCACCGAAUUCGCUGCAAACGCCGUUGACACAUUCCUAUUUGACUCAUUCACAUCACAUGCCGUCGUAUGGUUAUCAUUCGCCAGUGGCACAGCAUCAAAGCUCACCAGGUCUGGUGAAUCACUAUGGAAACAGUACACCUCAUUUAAGCUACCAUGGAUCAAACGAUGGCUAUCGCCCGUACGCUUAUCGCAUUGACCCAAUUCUACCGGUUGACUAUAGCGGCCACGUUGGCCCAAUGACAACCAACCACAAUAGAAACUCCAGCAGCGGGAGUGUUAAAUCAACGAACCAAUCGAAUUCCGAUUCCGGAUCACCGCCGGCCAAACGAAGAGCCGUAAAUCGAUUGGAACCGUUGUUCAUUCCAGAACAUCAACAAGAAACAUCGUCCGAUGAAACUUUGCACUCCGAACCAGUUUAUCAGACGACCACAAGUGAUGGUGGCACCGUUUUAUUGACCACAGUCGUGCCCGGCCGCUAUUCACACACUCACAUCAAAGCGAUUUCGAAUGAGCCAACCGAUCUGAUCGAUCAGUGGAACCCAUCACCACCAUGGUCGGAAACAACACAAAAAGUACCCGAUAUUGCACAGCAAGAACUGUGCUAUUUAUCACGCACUCCGCCAACACCGACAAGUGCACCGCUUACCUCAUCCAACGGUGUUGCAUUCUCAUUCGACUGGAUGCCCGAACAAUUCGUUCCAAUCGUCGAUACAACGCACCACAACAACAAUAACAAUAAUCACACCGUUCCCAAUGGCAUGACGCACAUGGGCGCAAUGCUAAUGUCUGCAGCUACGCUAUCCACGUCACCAAACGAACAUAAAUUUUACAAUUUGGAUCGAUCUCCCGAUAACGACAUUGAAAUUCAUGAAGACCGUCACUCGCGCUAAUAAACACAUACAUUGAUUUCAUUUCACUGGUUGAAAUCGACACUUUUUACGGCGAAAACUUUUUAUCCAAUCCACGUGGCUGGUUCGUGCAAUCGUUCAUUACGCGUCCUCAUUAUCGCAUUUUCGUGAUCAACGUUUACUUUUUACUAGCGCUCGAAGAGAAAACUCCGUUUUUAUUCUUUUUUUUGUAAUAAUUCGCAAAUAAAAACAAAGUUUUUAUAAGGAAUGCAUGCAAUUUUCACACUUGAAAAGUAUUAAAUUAGACAAUUAACUUAUUUCCUCUAUGAAGGUCAUCAAAUGACGACUCGAAGUACUUUUUCGAGUAAUUUCUAUUUUUUUAAUGGAUAACUCCAAAAAAAACCACAAAUGUCUUAUUUAUUUCUAUUGUAUAGCAACCUCAAAUCGAAUUAUACUUCAAUGUCGAAUGCUUAGUGUAUAAUCGCAUGUUUAAGGAAUUUUGUACAUUUUGAUACACAUUGAACCGAGUGGAACGAGGCUUUACAAACUAUUUAUAACACUUAAGUUUCAUACAAUUUUUUUUUAUAUGCGAGGCAUUUCUCAAGCAAAUCCUCAAGAGAGUGAGUUGAAAAAUAAAAGUAUUUCUAGAUUACGUAAGUCCUAUACUCUUCCUCAGAUAUAGAUAAAUUUUAGCGUGUAACUUCCUAUUUAUCAAUUCGAAUGGCAUUACUGUAACUUAGAACCAAUUUGUAACUGAUCGAGAAAAAUGGACAUUGUCCGAAACAAUCUCGAGUGAAAAAUAAGCAAUAAAAUCAGAACUAUUUGUAAAGAAAAAA